GAUCCGGAAGUACUUUUAGUAUUGAUGAGAUGCUGGUUCAUUUAUGCAUGAAGUGAGAUUUGUGUUUACAACAUAUUUUUCACUUCUUAGCUAACCAAAUUCCAACCAAGAUGUCCCGGGGCUCAAGUGCAGGUUUUGAUCGUCACAUCACUAUCUUCUCUCCAGAGGGUAGACUCUACCAAGUUGAAUAUGCUUUCAAGGCCAUAAACCAAGGUGGUCUCACAUCAGUAGCAGUCAGAGGUAAAGACUGCGCAGUCGUCGUCACACAGAAGAAAGUACCGGACAAGCUGUUGGAUGCCUCCACAGUCACUCACCUGUUCAGGAUAACGGAGAACAUUGGCUGUGUGAUGUCCGGGAUGACAGCGGACAGCAAGUCCCAGGUUCAGAGAGCGCGCUACGAGGCAGCCAACUGGAAGUACAAGUAUGGUUAUGAGAUCCCAGUGGACAUGCUGUGUAAGAGGAUUGCUGACAUCUCUCAGGUGUACACACAGAAUGCUGAGAUGAGGCCGCUGGGAUGCUGCAUGAUAGUGAUAGGUGUGGAUGAGGAGUGUGGUCCCCAGGUGUACAAGUGUGACCCUGCAGGCUACUACUGUGGGUUCAAGGCCACUGCUGCAGGGGUCAAACAGACAGAGGCCACCAGCUUCCUGGAGAAGAAAGUCAAAAAGAAACUCGACUGGACCUUUAAAGAAACUGUUGAGACUGCCAUCACCUGUCUGUCAACAGUUCUGUCAAUUGAUUUCAAGCCCUCUGAGCUGGAGAUAGGAGUCAUCACAACAGAGGAUCCUAAGUUCAGGAUUCUGACUGAGUCUGAGGUGGACAUCCACCUGGUGUCCCUAGCGGAGAGAGACUGAGCCCAGAAAGACUACAGAGUCCCAGAGAGAGAUGUGUAACUGAAUGAUGGGAUUUGUAGUCCCCCUGUUGAAGAAUGGUGUUAUCCUUGUAUUUUACCCCCUGUUCCAUUAAAAAUGUUUCUAGUAAA